AUGAACGCAAUAGAAGCGCUGUACCUGUUUGACGAGCACAAUACACCACUCCUCGAACACACGUAUAUUGGCCGGCCCCCAGCCAGCAGCACCCUCCUGCCCCUCUACCUCUCCCAUCCAUCCCCACGACCGUCGCUGAUCUACCUAUCCAACACCAAUCCGCCGACGCUCCUCUACUCCAUCGUCCAAGACCAACUACUCUUCCUGUGCCCCUGUUCCUCAGACACGGAGCCCCUCCAGGUCCUCGAAUUCCUGCAUCGUGUCGCCGACGUGCUCGAGGACUUUCUUGGCUCUCCGCUGCUCGCUAGCAAAAUCGAGGGUCACUACGAUGUCGUGGCCCAACUGCUUAGCGAAAUGGUGGAUGGUGGCGUCAUAGCUUGCACUGAACCCAAUGCUCUGCAUGAUGUCGUCGAGGCCCCCAAUUUCAUCAAGAGUCUCUUGGGAGGCGUGGGAUUACCAAGCUCGACGCCCAGCUCAUUGACACCCUCCGCAACAACCUUCAACAUGGGUAAUCGACCAAGUCCGCGACUAGGACCUACGAAUGCAAACCAGACCGCCUCAACGGUACCAUGGCGACGUGCAAACGUCCGCCAUACUAGUAACGAAAUGUAUGUCGACAUUGUCGAAACACUUCAAGUGACGAAUUCUCCGUCUGGUCGUCCCCUGUCCGCAAUCGCAAACGGCACUAUCGCCUUCACAGCCAAAGUCUCUGGGGUUCCUGAUCUGCUCCUUCAAAUUGGAUGCCCCGGUGGCAUAAGCAGCACCGUCUCACUGCCCGUCUUCCACCCUUGUGUGCGACUGGCCCGCUGGAAAGAGCGUCCAGGUGAACUCUCCUUUGUACCACCAGACGGUCGCUUUGUGCUCGCAGGCUACGAAGUCGAUCUACUCGGUUCCUUGGCCUUGGAACAAUUUUCCUCCAAAACGACCUCAAAAUCGCUCCCGAAGCUUAAUAUACCGGCGACCAUCUCCGUGACCCCGUCACUCGGCCCUACAGGUGCAGAUUUCGAAGUAAAACUACAACUCAACCCCCGCUUUGGCGGUAGAUCGUCCUCAGCCAUUUCAUCUUCCUCAAUACCCAAAGGCAGUGCGGGCAUCGGCUCGGGACUAGGUAGCAGAGCCCUCGGAGGCGGUCCAUCUUUCGGUUCAGGUUCAACAACAGGAACAUCUACUUCUCCUGCAAUCGAAGAAAUGACAAUCCACAUCCCACUUCCCCCGACCGUGAAAAACGUCACAGACCUCCGCCUAGCGCGGGGCACAGGCGAUGCGAUCUAUGCUCCAGGUGACCGCGUGGUAGAGUGGCGACUUAGCAGUCGCGAUCUCAAUAUGCUCAUGGCGCGAGAUAGGGGCGGCGGAGUGGGUGCAAGUGCUACACUACGCGGUACUGUUUUAGGAGUGGAAGACGACCAUGUUGAUGCAAUGGAUCAUGGUAGCCCAGUUACCUUUUCAACUUCAACCUACAACUAUGAUGAUGAUUCCCCUCCCGCAAAUCACCUGGCCUCGCAACACUCAUUGCUACAAGGCAAAGUUUCGGCAGAUGCAGAUAGAAGGAGGACCAAGGCCAACAAAAUUCUUAUGCCCUCGUGCGCAACACUCAGCUUCUCGGUCAAAGGUUGGCUCCCAAGCGGGAUCAAGGUGGAAGCGCUAAACGUUGAGCAAAAGAGAAGCAAAGGGUUGGGAAGUGGAGUCACGCCGUACAAGGGAGUCAAGUAUCUGUGCGUUAGCCGGAAGGGGGUCGAGUGUAGAUGUUGA